AUGGUGUACCCUAAUAAUAUCUCAAGAAAAUUAGUUCAUUCAGUUGAUGUUUCUCCGAAUGUUGAAGGGGUAGUCGUAAAGACGGUAGAUGUCGGCGGUGACUUUAAUAAUAAGCAAAAGUUUGAUGAUCGUGAAAGCAUGCUCACAUGGAUUCGUAGGAAUGCAACUGACCUUGGUUUUGGUGGGGUAAUAGAAAGAUCAGAUAAUGGUAUGGCAAGAAAAAAUGCUUUCGUAACAAUGUUGUGUGAAAGAAGCAGGAAAUACCAUCCUCCUCUAAGGAAGUUUAAAAGAGAUGACACAUGUACUAGAAAAUGUGAGUGUCCAUUUAAAAUUCGUGAUUACAUGGUGGCUAGCAAGAAGUGGAGAUUUAGUGUUAUUUGUGGUUUACAUAACCAUGACAUGUGCGGAAAAUUACAAGGACAUCCUAGUGUAUGUCGGCUCAAACCGGAAGAAAAGACAUGUAUUAAUGACAUGUCUUUGAAUCUUGUCCAACCAAAAAAUAUACUUGCCACAUUGAAACAGAAGGAACCCGAUAACGUAUCAAAUAUAAGGCAAGUGUAUAACAUCAAGUACCGCAAUAAUAAGGUUAUUAGGGGAGAUAGAAGUGAGAUGCAACAAUUGUUGAAGAUGUUGGAUGAUAACAAAUACGUGUCGCGGUACAGAACUUGCGACAAUGGGGUUACGGUCCAAGAUAUUUUUUGGACUCAUCCGGAUUCGAUAAAGUUGUUUAACACUUUCCUGACAGUGCUCCUUCUUAAUUCUACCUACAAGACAAACAAUUAUCGACUUCUGUUAUUUGAGAUGGUAGGUGUUACAUCUAUCGAUAAGACAUACGUUGUUGGUUUUGCUUCUUUAGAGUGCGAAAAAGAGGAUAAUUUUAGGUGGGCAUUAGAGUUAUGUCGGUCACUUUUGAAGGAAUAA